GCUUGUUCUCCGCGCAAGAGGCAGACAUAUCGGAACGCACCAGGUGUAAACAACGAAGAUCCUCAAGUAGAAGACAGUGGCGGACUUACAUUUGGAAAAUCGGCAAAUGACACCCGGCGUGCUCAUUUACCAUUGGAGUCAUCAUCCUCGCAAUUCAGACGAUCUUCGUCAAGUUGGCGUGGCUUUCCCGGAAAUAAAUACCUGGCGCUUUUCUCUUGUCACUCGUAAAUUGUUUUGUUAAGAGUUUCUAUGAGCCAACUAGUUUGUGCCUCGAAGUCAUGGCGGAAUCGUUGGAGCGCACCGACAAAUUCUGUUCGCCGAAGGACCCGGCGUUGGAGAAGCUGUGCAACGUGUUGGAUCGAACUCCCGACAAGGGAUGGCGAAGACUCUGCGAAAUAGUCGGCGUGGACCGGCGUUUCAGAGUCAGUCCAGAUGAAAUGGAGAUAUGUUCUCUAAAGAUCCUGCAGCCUGACGGAAGCCCCAGUCGCCUGCUACUAAGGCUCCUGGGAGAGCGAGGCUGCACCCGCGGCCACCUUCUGGACUUCUUGCGCACGCUGGACAACCCUGAAGCGCUGAGCUGCCUCCAACUGCCCGACUUGCAGAUCGUCAUCCAGCCGGAGUCUGCGUCCCUUCUGUGCGGCCACAACCUGCGUCUCCGCUGCCUCGCCGUCGGCCGGUCGCCGCUGCGCUACCAGUGGUUCAAGGGAAAGGAGGAGUUGUCAAACGCCUUGACCCCCGAGUUAGCCAUCGAUGGUGUGGGCACCAAGGACAGCGGCUUCUAUAUUUGCCGAGUGGAUUGCGGCGACACAUUCCGCUUCAGCCGCUGGGCUCAAGUGGACGUCCUGAGAGCGCCGUCCCCGUGCCAUGGGGGCCAACUCUUGAACGACUCUCUCAAAGUGGCCAUCCAGCCUCGCCCGCAGCAGCUGCUCAUUGGUGACACUCUAGUGUUGGAGUGCGGGGCAGCUGGCUGCCCCAUCCCUCGCUAUCAGUGGCAUCGUGAUGGUGCGCUCAUCCUAAACGCCACCAGGAGGAAACUCACAAUCGCCAAUGCCACACAGAAACACCAGGGCAGGUAUCGCUGCCAAAUCACCUGCGGGGACGAGAGGACGUGGACAAACGAGGUGGAAGUUGCCAUCGCUCCAAAGAUGCUGGUCAGCUUAUCUGGAGCCUUGGAGUGCUCUGAAGAUGACAUUUACGCCAUUGGAAGAGGUUCCACUGAUUUCCUCUUCAACUGUAUACCUGAGCAACCGUACGCCUCGGGGAACAAAGUGGAGCCAUCGAGCAGCGCUUUGGCAGCAACGCUGCCGGGAGAAAGCAACAUACCAGAAGAGAACGAGAGCCCUGAGGCCAUGCCACACAAGUGCUGAAAACGCGUGCACGGGUUUUGUAGAGAUGUAUGUUCAUUGUACUUGGUACAUUCAUUUAUAAAUUAUUUUAUCUUUCUGACCGGAUAAGAUUUGCACAGCUCUCAGCUUCUUCUCUGAAGCAAAGUCAUAAACAGAUAACAGCUGCCUUGUAAAGUUCCACUUUCUUGUGAGCCACUUCAUGGGUUAAGAUGGGGGCCUGCCUGUUCACAUUGGAAAUAAGAAAAAGUAUGCGUUGAGAGUUCGCGGCAGAGGUUCUCGGGGGCACUCGGGGACGUUUGUCCUGGCCGGCCAGCUUUUAAUUAUUUUUUAAAUAAAUGUAUUUAUCUUAGGUGAUGAUUGCUUUUUUUGUUCCUGAAUUGUGUGUCGUCAUCUCCUGUUCAUGCGAGAAGAACCUGGAAAAAAGGAAAUCAACGUUUUUCUUCAGUGUCAAAUGAAAAAAUAAAG